AAAAGAAAAAAAACAAUUGACAAAAAUUAAUGUAUAUAAACAUCUUGCGUGCACACAACAUUAUUCUAUUAACUUUACUCCAUCUUCCUCCAAUCUUAUCCCGGCGACUCUUUCAGUUUCUUUCGUGUUUAUGCUCUUUGUUUGACUUCCUGCCUCCUUAAAGACUCCGAAGUUACAAGGAGAAAGAGAACCGAAAGCAAGAAGAAGAAGAAGACCCUUCCGGCUGCUCCGUCCCCUACUGUACCGUGUUGCGAUAUUCACGCCGGCUUGAGUCAAAUUCAAGCGGCUUCCACCCUUCUAUUAGUUGGGCUGUUUUCUUGAGUUUCCUUUAAGAUAGCCGUUCCAACAAAGCAAUAUGAUCGAAUUUCCCCUUCCUCAUAAUCUUCUCUCCGACAUUGGCUACGUCAGUCCGAUCAAAGUAUAUCACUGGCUGGCGUCCGUCUUUUCUGGCAUACUAGUCUGCAUAAUUGUAAGCGUGCUUGUAAACGUUAGCGCUACAAAGUUACAUCUUGAUGCAUACAGUAUACGAGAAUACAUGCAAUUAACAGGUCGUAUUAGCCUCCUAUGCUUCAAGGGAUAUGGCAAACUUAGCACUGCACAAAAAGUUGAAUGGAACAACCGGGGAUUCUCGACAUUCCAUGCUCUUCUAGUGGCAUUUGUUUCUCUUUACCUCUUAUUAUUAUCAGAUACUUUUGAUGAGAACUCCGAUGGUGACUUACUAGUUAGGAGAACAUCUGCUUUAUCAGAUACGUUAUUGGGGUUCUCCAUUGGUUAUUUUGUAUCAGACUUGGCAAUGAUUCUAUGGCUCUUUCCAGCUCUAGGUGGUCUGGAGUAUGUUCUACACCAUGGGCUAUCCAUGUUUUCAAUCUUUUUCUCCCUCAUAAGUGGUCAAGUGCAAUUUUACAUACUAAUGGUACUCUUUUCCGAGAGCACAACUCCUUUCGUAAAUCUAAGAUGGUACUUGGAUGUUGCUGGUCAGAAGAACUCCAGUCUUUACAUCUUUAAUGGUGUUGCGUUGUUCCUUGGGUGGUUGGUUGCAAGGAUUCUUUUGUUCAUCUACUUUUUUGUGCACAUGUUCAUCCAUUUUGAUCAGGUCAAGAAAGUUUUUCCUCUGGGCUUCUACAGCUUGCUUGUGGUGCCUCCUGUGUUGGCAGUGAUGAACGUGUAUUGGUUUUGGAAGAUUGCCAAGGGUUUCAUUAAAACUAUUACCAAAGCAAGACACCGUGAAUAAAGCAUGCUGUUUGCCUUGAUUUGCCUGCAUAGAAUGGCACAUUCAGUGCUUGUAUUUAUAUUUGUUUUCUCUCUCUUUUUCGUUGUUCUGGUUUAUGUGAAUAGUACAUGCCUUUCUGAUCUAAACCAACAGCUGCAUUAAGAAAGGGUUGAAACCCUUUUUCAUCCAA